AUGUCACAUAUAGAAGAAGAAUUUCUUAAGAUCGAACAAGAACAUGGAUGGAACAACUUAUUCGUCAAACUCGCCAAUGAUCAUCGAAUGAAAACAUCGAACAAAAAAGCGGAUAUCGCUUUAUUGAAUAUGAACAGAGGAUUGAAUCGAUUUCGCGAUGUUUUACCAUAUGAUGAUACGCGAGUUUGUUUACUACGAGGUUCAAAUGACUACAUCAAUGCUAAUUACGUUCAAAUUCCCUCUGCCAAUCGGAAAUAUAUUCUCACACAAGGACCAUUGCCGACAACUUCCAAUCAUUUUUGGCAAAUGAUUUGGGAACAAAAUAGCCGAGUGAUUGUCAUGCUGACUCGAUUGAUAGAGAAAGGAUGUGCGAAAUGUUGGUUAUAUUAUCCGGAUUAUCAAAAUGCGAGUGAAUUAACGUACGAUGAUGUCGAUUUGAAGGUUGUUUUCAUUUCGGACAGACAACAUCGACAUUAUACUGAACGAAAAUUCGAAUUAAUCAAUCUUUUGACAGGAGAAUCUCGUGUAAUAAUACAUUGGUCAGAUUUUGAUUGGCCCGAUCAUGGUGCUCCAAGUAAUCCCGAACCAUUCUUGCAACUACUUCGUGAUGUUCGGCAUUGUGGUGCAUUUGAUCCUCGCUUUGGGCCACCUGUACUUCAUUGUAGCGCUGGUAAACUUGAGCCAACUUCAUUCACACAAUCCUAUACGUACUUUUCAGGUAUUGGUCGAUCCGGUACAUUUGUCUUUGUGGAUUCAAUUCUUAAAAUGCUUGCACAUACUGAAAAUCCCGGUGAUAUAUCAUUGAUUGAUAUUCUCUCUCAUAUUCGAAGUCAGAGAUCCGGACUUAUUCAAACCGCCGAGCAAUUAAGAUUUUCCUAUCGUGCCAUUAUCGCUGGAAUGAAAGUUCUCACCGAUCUUGAACGGAACGAAAAGCUGUUCACUGAAUGUGAAAUGAAUCUUUCUAGUGAAAGUGAUAGUGAUACCGAUGAACAAACUCUCACAGAUAAAAAACAUCCAAAAGGAUGUGGAAGACAAGAUAACAUUAUGCCUAAUAGUCGAUUAAGUGAUUCAUUAGAGGAUAUCAAUUGCGAACUGAUGCGAAGAGCAGAUUCAAAUGCAAGCAGUUAUCAUCCUUCACCGAAAACAAUGCGUCGUUUAAUAUCAAAAUCAGAAUCUCGGAUGUCGUCAGAAGACUUAAAACAAUUCCAACCUGUACCGUUAAUAACACCGCAAGAUGUUGAAACAUCGCUUCGACUUCGUCAAGAACGUUUAGCACACAAUGAAAAUCUCGAGAAAAAAGUCAGUGAGUUAAAAGCCAAGCUUCAACGACAAAACUCUUAUAACGAAGCAACAUUAUUUACGCUUCUAACAACAAAAUAUCGACGACCGUUCUUUAUUGGAAUUCUCACCAUAUUCACUGGAACUUUUUUUCUAUACAAAUUCGCUUUUGGUAGCAAUCGCAAUCGUUGA